CAGUGGAGACAAAACACAUACUAAACAACACAAAAAUCUGAAAGUCCAACGUUCCAUAAUCCCCUCUUCUUAUUCAUUUUCGCCAGAAUUAUCACUCCGAAAUCCUUCUUUUCACGCGCACCUCUUCCCUCUUUCACUCCCCACGCGCCGCCUCCGCUCCGCCGUCUUUAGUUUUUGGAUAAGGGUGGGAAAGGAGAUCUGAAGAAAGUGAAGAUAAGAAGGAAAUAAAAAAAAAAAAGUUUGGGACUUUACUCGCCCCCUUUAUUAUGACUUAGCUCAAUGAUACUGUUUGAGAACGAAACCAAAUGGGCGGAGUGACGUCAUCCAUCGCCGCUAAGUUCGCCUUCUUCCCACCGAGCCCUCCGUCGUACACGGUGGUCGCCGACGAGUCCUGCGCCGGGAAGCUUAGCAUACCGGAGGUUCCCGCGAGGGAUACUGUCGACGUUUUGAAGCUGCGGACUCGAAAGGGCAACGAAAUCGUGGCCGUCCAUGUGAAGCAUCCAAAGGCGUCGGCUACUAUGCUCUACUCUCACGGUAAUGCCGCCGAUUUGGGGCAGAUGUUUGAGCUCUUCGUGGAGCUGAGCCUCCGGCUGCGUAUCAAUCUCAUGGGGUAUGAUUACUCUGGAUAUGGACGAUCAACUGGAAAGCCGUCUGAAUGUAACACGUACGCCGACAUUGAUGCAGUUUAUAAGUGCCUAAAAGAGCAGUAUGGUGUCAAAGAUGAACAGUUAAUACUGUAUGGCCAGUCUGUCGGCAGUGGCCCCACCAUUGAUCUCGCAUCACGUGUGCAGAAUUUGAGAGGGGUUGUUUUGCACAGUCCAAUCUUAUCUGGGCUACGAGUGUUGUACCCUGUUAAAAGGACAUAUUGGUUUGACAUUUACAAGAAUAUCGACAAAAUCAGUUUGGUGAGCUGUCUUGUUCUCGUCAUUCAUGGAACAGCAGAUGAAGUUGUUGAUUGCUCCCAUGGAAAGCAGCUUUGGGAGCUUUGCAAGGAAAAGUACGAUCCUUUAUGGAUAAACGGAGGCGGGCACUGCAAUCUUGAACUUUACACCGAGUACAUCAAACACCUGAAGAAGUUCGUUUUGAGUCUAGGCAAAUCAAAACCACCCGCAAAUGGAUCUCAAAAGCCAGCACCGGACUCUGAAAACCAGAGUAAACCAGCCGAAAAUGGUCCUCCUGCAGCGGAUAGAUUCGAUUUGCACGCUGACGUCCCGGAAAUUUCUAGAAACAGUUUGGACAGUCGGCUCGAGAAGUCUAAGAAGUCGAAUAAACCCGAGAAAUCUAGGAUGAGCACAGACCGCGUGGACAGAUUUAGGAGAAGAAAGGGCUUAGUCUGGUGAUUUAGUUUAAUACUCGAAGCUGAGAAGGCUAAGGUAAAGAUGAUGUCCCCGAAUUUGCAUUAGCGGAUCAUAUCUAACUGCAGGCGUCGGAUUUAGUGCGAGUAUAAUAGCGUCUAUCGUUGCAUCAAGUGGACCCUCACGAAGCAAAACGGAGAUCAAAAUAAGAAGUUGGCAUCCCCUUUUCUUGUACAAUCAACUGUCAUUUUUACAUGAAAAGUUCUGUAGUAGUUUUCUGUCUUGCUUGUUACUUCCUUGUACAUUAACAACAUCAAAUUUGUAAGUUGGAACCCUUAAUAGCAGCUCUCAUUGUACCACUAUGCCUA